AAGAACAUAGACAAAGUGGCAAAAUCAGAAUAAACAAAGAAGAUACUGAAGAGUAAUGACAGCAGUUAGUUACAAUCAAAGACUUGAAAUAUUAGCAACUGAGGUAACUCGUAGGGGUGUGUAAUGAAUCAACCUAGGGAGAAGGGUAUUUUUGGUAUAGUAAUAAUUAGUUAGUUUUAUAGUAGCUUGAAGAAUAAGCUAGGGAGUUAAGGAGAAAAUAUUUCUAUAAAUAGAGGAGAUUAGGGAGAGAAAAGAUCAUGAAGAAAAAUAUUGGAGAGUUUAUUUUAGUUGUUAGCUUUGCGAGUGUGUCAAGUCACUCGAAAACUUGAUAAACUAUCUUUGUCUACUGUUAUUUUCCAUUGUUAUCAAUCAAAGAUCAUCAUCUUCUUCCUUUAUAUUUCUGCUCAAAUUAUCAGUUCAUUACAAAUGGUAUCGGAGCAGUUCGAUCCAGGGAAGUUAAGUUGCUGAUUUUUCGAUUUCACACUCUAAAAAAAAAACUACAAUGGAGUUCGCCGGAGAAAGUGCAGCAGAACAGAUGCAAGGGUGGAUCCACGAGGAGUUUGCCUACAUCAAGAGCAAAAGAGAACAAGGAAAGUCCGAUCAUGAAGAAGAGCGAAGAAUCCGAAGAGAGCUUCAACUUCAUGAGUUUGAUGGAAAAGAUGUGGAUGACUGGAUUUUGCUAAUGGAGGACUCCUUCAAUUUUUUUCAGUUAGAUGAAGAGACAAGGUUAAAGGCUGCCAUGAUAGCACUUUACGGCGAAGCGCAGUGGUGGUUCGAAAGGGAACACCGGUGGUGGCCGUUCAAUGAGUGGCAGCAACUGAAAAAACAAGUAAAGCUACGGUUUGGUUCUUCACGGCCAACUCCGGCGAAGUUCACUAUACCUAUUGUCGAACUGAUUCCGGCGGUGGAAGAGACACACGAAGGGGGACCCGGUCUAAUGAAAAACAGUAAGGCUGAUGGUGUGGGCCUAGCCGUCAUCGGAAAGUGUGGAGGUGAGAAUAAAGAAAAAUUGACCACCAUUAAUAUGGAGAAACUUCCAGAAAGCAGAGGUGAAUCACAGAGAAAUGGUGCAUCUGGUGUUAGUGGUAACAUUUUUGGGGGUCGAAACACCAAAGAGGGUCUAAGAGUUACUGCUGGAAAUUUUAGGGGAUGCGGACCAAUUCCAAUAGAGCGUGGAGGCGCCGGAGGUUGCGGAUCCGGUGGGGGUCCCGGUGGUUUCACGGAUGUAAAAGAAAGUAGAUCUGAAAGUUCUAUUGUUGGAAGUAUGGGUGGUGGGUCAGGUGGACUCAUGGGUGACCAAACUCGGGGAAUAUUUGAGAGAGGUGGUGCUGAAAAUUGCAGUUAUGGUGCUCGGGGUGGCCAAGGAGGCUCCAAUGUUGGCAGAAAGAUUGACAGAGGAAUUGAGAACCUCCGGGGAACCAACCUUCAACUCAGUUCGGAGAGAGGACAACAAGUGAUGCAAAUGGAUGCAGUGGGAUGCGGGUCCGGUGGUGGGCCAGGUAAGAUCGCCAGUGAAUUUUUCAAGCUGGCCGCCAUACGAAGAGGUAGAUCCGGUGGUGGUUGCUGUCAAAGGGAGGCUGCUGGAAUUUUGUUGUUGAAGGGUGGCGCGUGCGAAGAGAUGUUGAAGUCGUUGUUGGCUGGGAGAAGCCACAUUGAGUUCCUUACUGCCCUGGAGAGGAAGGCAAUUCUAGAAGCUGCUGUUAGGGGCAAUUUAGUAAAUAGCCUGUUCAUUUCAAUGACCUGGCACAUAAUUUUUCACGUGAUUUAAGGAUGCUUAGAUCUUUAUAUUUUAGACCCACCUCUUCUGCAGUAUAUGAAGUACGAAAUUUUAAUGAGCCCAUUAAACCUAAGCCCAACUCCCCAUUCCCAAUUCAAAAGACUUGCGGCCAACUUUUAAGCUAUGAGGUGGGGGCCAAGUUUGACCAUUCCCUUUCCAACCCACCAAUUGUAAAACCCAUCAAUGGGCCUCACUCACCUUCUAUUUUCUUCACCAAACUUUUACAGCAAAUCCCGCUUAAUUUCUUGUACCCAAAAAGCUACGGCCCACUUGAGUAUAAAGAGAAAGUACUCAAAUUUGACCAACCUAAUUUACCCAAACACCCCACCCAAUCCUUCUAACACAUAUUUUUUAACAUUUAAACCCAUAGUCCCACCACUGUCAAAGCCUACCCUUUUUACCCAGAUUUUCAAACCCAUUUAUUCCACAUUAUUUUCCCUUUACCUCAACCCUCUUAAGGGAUAUAAACCUGGCCCCAAAGUUGCUUAUUCAGUCAUUAACGCAAAGAAUGUUAACCAAAUUCUACUUCCACUUUCCCCUGCCAGCAACUCACUACUUCACCCAACCCGUUUACUAAUCUCAUCAAAACCUUCCCACCAAACUUCCUUUCAAGUCCCCGUAAUCCAAACACUUCCCUUCACAAUUCAACCUCUAUCCACUUUACUCAUACUUAUAUUUUUUCCGUAUCUCAGCUGCUGAGUUCUUCGGCCAUGGGCAAGUCACUUACAUUGCUGAAAUCUACACUACACACAGAGGAGCUCGAACGACAAAGCGAACAAUGUUCUGAAGAUGGAAGUCACCAUUGCUGCAAUUGUCGAGCAUUCAGUGCAAAUUUCUAUCCACCUCGAGGACAAGGUGAAUGUUUGGGCGGCCGGUAAUGUAAUGAAUCAACCUAGGGAGAAGGGUAUUUUUGGUAUAGUAAUAAUUAGUUAGUUUUAUAGUAGCUUGAAGAAUAAGCUAGGGAGUUAAGGAGAAAAUAUUUCUAUAAAUAGAGGAGAUUAGGGAGAGAAAAGAUCAUGAAGAAAAAUAUUGGAGAGUUUAUUUUAGUUGCUAGCUUUGGGAGUGUGUCAAGUCACUCGAAAACUUGAUAAACUAUCUUUGUCUACUGUUAUUUUCCAUUGUUACCAAUCAAAGAUCAUCAUCUUCUUCCUUUA